GGCUGCUGUAUUGCUGAAGACCAUAUCUAGUUCACCCAGUCUUCCAGACCAUGUGCUCCAUGCUUUGAGACCAGGAGGACCUUGGUGUUUUGAAAUGAAGAUGGAGGCAGUGGGAAAAGCAGAACUUGUUGAUUCAGAACUUCCACCAAAGACUUCUGAAAAGCAAGAGACUGCUCCUCAUGAAUGUGGAUCUAUAGAACUUGGGACACAAACUCAGAAAGACAAUGUGCACAUUGCAGCAGACUCUGUGGUGCUCUCUUCAAUGCCUUGCUUACUUAUGGAACUGAGGCGAGACUCUUCAGAGUCUCAGCUGGCAUCUACAGAGAGUGAUAAGCCAACGGGUGGUCGAGUUUAUGACAGUGACUCUUCUAAUCAUUGCAUGCUUUCCCCUUCUUCCAGUGGGCAUUUGGCUGACUCUGAUACAUUGUCUUCCACAGAAGAGAAUGAACCUUGUCAAGCUCAAACUGCUGUAGGGGGACACCUUUCUGCAGUGUCUGGUGCUGCAGUUGGGAGGAAAUCCAGGAGAUCCAGGUCUGAAAGUGAAACUUCAACAAUGGCUGCCAAGAAAAACAGACAGUCUAGUGAUAAACAGAAUGGUCGAAUUACCAAAGCAAAGGGUCAUCGAAGCCAAAAGCACAAAGAAAGAAUCCGGCUCUUGAGACAGAAACGGGAGGCAGCUACUCGCAAGAAGUACAACCUGCUGCAGGACAGCAGUACCAGCGAUAGUGACCUGACGUGUGACUCAAGCACGGGUUCAUCAGAUGAUGAUGAAGUUUCAAGGAGCAGCAAGACAAUCACUGCAGAGAUACCAGAUGGACCUUCAGUUGUAGCUCACUAUGAUAUAUCAGACACAAACUCAGACCCAGAAGUGGUAAAUGUGGACCAUCUGUUGGCAGCUGCAGUAGUUCAAGAGCACAAUAAUUCUUUAGGAAAUCAAGACUCAGUAUCUACCUGGAGAACCAGAGGACUGCUAGAUGAACUGAGUGCUGAUACAGGUCAUUUGGAUCCAGGCUUCCUUGCAGGUGACAAAACCUCUUCUAGUAAUGUCCAGAUCAAUGAAGAAAUUAAUAUUGCCUCUUCUGAUAGUGAAGUAGAGAUUGUUGGAGUUCAGGAACAUGCCAGGUAUGUGCAUCCCAGGGGAGGUGUGAUUCACAGUGUGUCUUCUUGGAAGCAUUGCUCAGGCUCACAGUACAGUAACGCUCAACAAACACAAUCAUGGACAGCAGUGACUCCCCAGCAGAACUGGUCUUCACCCCCAGAAGUAGUAGACCUCACUCUGGAUGAGGAUACGAGACGCAAAUAUCUACUGUAAUGCAAUGUCUCUGUGUUUCUGUCCCCACCCAUUCUCCCCUUUGUGGCACAGAAGUUCAUUGUUAAAGUUUCAGCUUCAGAAGCCCUGUUCUUGGCAUUAUGAAAUUCAAACUCAUUAUGUUUUUCAUUUCCAUAAGAAUGUAGUAUGAUUUUAAUAUAAUUUAAAAUGGGUUUGCCUUCUCAAAGGAGGAUUCAUUCCAAAAUUAAAACCCAAUAGCACCAAAUUUAAAACACAUCUACAGUUAAUAACAUGUGCAUGUUAAUCUGAAAAAAUAACUGUGUGCAAAGUUAUGUCCCCCCACCCUUUCCCACCUCCAACUUCAGAACAUUUUUAAUUUAUCAGUAUAUUGAGUUUAUUAGUAGAAGUUUGUGUUUUGCUGUGUGAAUAUCAGUGAUUUUGAGAAAUGCUGUGUCCUCACUGAUUUCGUUGGAACUGGGGGUUUUCAACACUUCCAAAAAUUGGGCCAAGAGUAUUUAUACCCAAGCUGAUUUGGUUAUGUUACGAGUAGAGGGGACUGUCUUUAAUGCAAAAGGCCCAUAACAUAUGCACUGAACAGCUUUUAAUUAAAGAAGUUUUAUUUUCAAUAUAAUUUAUAGUUUACACUCUUAGUUCUAAAUUUUCUAUCUAUUUGACUACUGUGUUUCACUGAUCAUUUCCCAUGGCUUCUUAUGGUUUAAAAGAGUAAUAGUAGUGAUUUAGUAGCAGCUGAUUAUUGCAAAAGCACAGGGAAAAAAAAUUAAUAAAUAGGCCCAGCAUCCCUCUGCUUUUUAAAUAAAACUGAACUUUUUUACCUAAAUCUGAGUCUUGCCUGGAGUAGGAGAAGGAGAGGAACAAAACAUUUUGCUCACAGUCCUCAUUUCUAUUGAUGAUUAUUUGCUUCAUUCACCAUCUCUAAAAAACCCCCAACCAAACAACCCCAAACAAAUUCAAAGCCCCUGUCUGGCAAAACACUUUAGCAGCUUCAUAACAUUUAGCAGGAACAGUUCACUGAAACUCGUAGGACCAUUCAAGUGCUUAAAACUCUGUCCUAAAAGGUGUUACAGGAUCAGAACCUAAGGUUGUGAUUAAUUUUUAUUUUUUUAAAUUUUUUUUAAUAGAUUUGUAUCAUUUUCCUUGCUUUAGGUCAUGUCUCUUAUCCUAGUUUUGGAAUUGUUUUUCAGGUAUGAUUCACAAAACAUUUUCUACCAGAAUAUUUACUGAAAUCAGUGGAACUACUUACUUUAGCGGGUUGUAGUUUCUGUAGCAUGUAUGGAAAUUCCUGUCACUCAUCUGUCAUUUUGAGCCUUUCUCAAGGCAAAACCCAAAGAUUAGACUUUAACAAGAUGAUAUUCACUUUAAAUGUCUAUUGUGCAAUUGAAACAUUCCUUUGUAUUCCAGAUGUUUCUAGUGGGAAUUUUGUACAGCUCUAUCAUCAGAUUUUCUUAACAGACAUUAGUCAGAACAUGGGAAGUUUUGUUUUCUUUUUGUGUUGGCUGGUUUCUAAAUUUAUUUGGCUUCCAAUAAUUUUAUCUGCGGCCAAAAAAAAACCCAAGCAGAACAGUUCAGACUGCACUUCAAAGAACAAUUAGGUAAAGGAUUGAUAUUCCAAUUUCAAGCUUUCUAAAACAUUGAAUUUAAGUGUAUUGCAUGACCAGAAAAAUGUAUGUGGUGCUUCUAGUGACCAAUUUCUUUCUCUGGGAGAGGGAAAAAGGAAGGGAGGGAGGGGAACAUUGAUGAAGCUCGUUCACAUUGCAGUAGGGAAAAGCCCCAUGCUAUUGGGGCACUAUAAUCAGCAGUGGCUGUCUAUCUUUUCUCCUCAUAUUUUAGUCAUGCAACUCAGCCAUCAUUUUAGUGGGCUAGCACACAUUUUGUAACGGUAACUUUGGAACUCACAUACUGUGGCUACAUUUUCCUGUUUCACCAAAUCUUUUGAAGAUUAGUUGUGAAGAAAGCUGCAGAGACCCAUUUGUAGUCCUUCCAUGAAAAAUGCAAACUAACUCAUUUUUCAGUUUGUAUAUGAUGUGACUUCCAUGUAUAUAUAAAAACAACUGCAUCCUAACCAAACUUAGUUCAGCUGUGCACUGUGUUUAAGCAUGUAUUUUAGCCUGAUGCAAGUUUUCUUUUAUUUAAAACACUGCAUAUUUUUUCUUAUUCUUAACAGAUUUGAAAGGGUAGUGAGUGAUCUGGAAACUGCAAUCACUGGAUAGCUAGGAAGUGUUUUGGGUUUAAUUUUUUAUUUUAUUUUUUAAAAAGAGCAAAAGGUGCUUGGAUGAUUUUGCUCUUCUCAGCAGGAAAGUGAAACAUUAGCCAUUGUAUGGUUAAGAACCAAUGCACAUGGGGCCUGAUCCAGAACCCAUUGGAGUUGAUGCAGGGCUUUCCAUCAACCUCAGUGUGCAUUGGCUCAAGCCCUUCAGGGUUUAGCAGUUCCUGAAUUGCUAGAGUGUGAACUUGGAAUCUUCUAUAGUGAAAACAAAUCAUUACUUAGAAUAUAAAUGUUUAAAACUACAACUCUAGUUAAAAUUUUGAUUCUUCUCAACACUCAUUAUUUAGUUCUCAUUUUCCAUCAAGUAUUUAAUGGUCUUUGAAGAAAUAAUAGAGUGUUAUACAUAUAUAUAGAAAUAAAUAUAUAUAUUUUUGGUGCAAGAUGAGACCCGUUUUUUGAAACAAGUCUGUAGCAUAAAGGUUAAACUAUUUUAAGAUAAAAUAAAAUAGUGUAUUAUUUAAAUAAUAUCCAUUUGUUUGGGAUUUUUUUUCCACUUCCAUCAGAUAUGCUUUGUCACAUCUCCAAAUUAAAGCACAAAGUUCUGGGUUACAUCUGUCCAAAUUCAGCACUGUUCCCCACUGUAAUGCAUUUAAUUUUACAUGUUCAAAAUGUAAAAGUGAUUUCCUGACUGCAAACCCUUGCUUUUAUCUCCCAGACCAGGGCAGGACCACCACUUCUCCCUGUAACACUUGUGGGGGAUGCCAGGGGAUGUACAGGUGCCAGUAAUGAGCGGCUGCUGCCCAUCAUAGAACCAUGGAAUGGUUUGGGUUGAAAGGGACCUUAAAGACAGUGGGCAGGGACACCUUCCAUCAGACAAGAUUGCUCCAAGCACCAUCCAACCUGACCUUGAACACUUCCAGAAAUGAGGCAGCCACAGCUUCUCUGGGUAACCUGUGCCAGUACCACGUCACCCUCAUAAGGAAGAAUUUCUUCCUAAUAUCUAAUCUAAACCUGCCCUCUGUCAGUUUGAAGCCAUUCCCCCUUGUCCUAUCCCUCCAUGCCCUUGUGAAAAGUCCCUCUCUAGCUCUGUUGUAACCCUGUAGGUACUGUAAAGUGCUCUAAGGUCUCACCAGAGCCUUCUCUUCUCCAGGCUGAACAACCCCAACUCUCUCAGCCUGUCUACAUAGCAGAGGUGCUCCAGCCCUCUGAGUAUCUUUGUGAUCUCUGGACUUGUGCCAACAGGUCCAUGUCCUUCUUAUGUUAGGAGCCCAUUGUGCUCUGCAGGAUCCCUUCUAGGCAUGCAGUUUCUGUGCAACCUCCAUCUCCCCACACACUACAGUCCUUCAGAUGUCUGAGCAACCUUCACACACUGUAUCCUCUUGUCCCAUUGUGGUAGUUUUAAUCUAGGCCUUCCUUGGUGACCAGUUUGUAACCAAGGAAGUGGUCAUGUUCCCAGUAUUCCAUAUGAUUUUUACGUAGACCAGGGUAUAAAUAAGAAGGGAGGAGAGGCCUUCGUUCUCUUCUCUUCUGGCGAGGUUUGGGAGCAGUGGGUCCUUGUGUUGGUCUCGCUUAUCUAGAGUCUGAGGCCUGCAGCGACCGCUGGUCUGCCACGUGGAAGAUUUGGAGAGUGCUGACCGUGUCUGGCGAUCUUGCUUUUCUGAGGGACGUGGUGAGAUUUGUUUUGCUAGUUAUCUUGCUAGUUCUUGAGUUUGAUUGUGCAUAUCUGUUCUGUGUCCCUUUUUGUCCCUUUUUCCCCUUUCCCUUCGGGGGGUGUUUGGAUUCCUUUCACUGUGUACAUAGAAUUUUAAUUGUAUAUAACUGUAAUAUACGUAAAAUAUAUUUAUUUUUUAUAUAACUAGCUUGAUUUCAGUUUCUUCGAUUUGUAUAGGUUUUUUUUUUUUCUUUCCUUUGCCCUAAGGGAAGAAGGGAGGGGGAAGGGGUUGUUACUGUGGGUUCGGGCAUUUGGCAGGGAGCCAGGUCCGAACCAUCACACCCAUCCUUCCAGCUUUCUUCUGCUGGUCUUCCUUGGAAAUGCGUGUUUUCUAAUGUUACCACUGGUAGAUUUUACUAUUUGCAUCCUAAAAUACUCGAUUCCCCCCAUCAUUACUACAAUCCUCUGGAUGUCCCAGCAUUUGGCUACAUGGACCUUCAGGAGAGGCUGCCAUUUCGAAGCAGGGUGCACUCAAAUCCUCCCUCUGGGGUUGUAGAUACAUAUGAGAUGUUUCUCCAUGGCGUUAUAAGCUGGUAGUGGUCCUCUAAACCCCAAGAGGAGCUUUUAUACCUGAGGUGGUUGGGCUGGAAUGAUGCUUUGCAGAUCCUGAUGGGAAAUGUGUCACUAGUGUUAUGUGAUUACACUCAAAGCUCAUCUUACCUGGCACAGAAUAUGACAGAAAUUCAUGCAAGGGCAACUUUCUUGCUUUUCUACAUGAUUUCACUUCCCAUUUAGGUCCAUUUAUUUGCACUCUCCCUGGACCAUGUGUGACAAAACCCACCAAAUAAAAAAUACCCCUUGCAGAAACUCUACCAGGUCAAAAUCACUGGCUGAGUGCUUUGGAUCUCUUUUCAGACAUUUCACUAACACCUCCCUUCUGCUAACAUUUUGCAGUUUUAAUGAGAUCCAUCAUCUGCACAGAGAGCAACGGUGAAGAUCUCCAUGAUGCACGGGAAACCACUUCCUUGGCUGGGCUUUCCUUCUUCUCUCGGUCAGCAGCACAUCUCCAGGAGGACAAUACCCCCUCCUCACUUCUGUAUUGCUCAGAGCAGCAAGAGGGAAGGACACCUUAAGAAAAUUGGUUUGCACUUAAAUAAAACAGUGAUGUGGGUUAAUGAAUAUAUCUGGGCAAAGUGGUGGUUCUUCUGAGCAUUCAGGGUUGGCUCUUGAAGGUGAGGGACUAUACUUGCUUUUCUUCCCAUCUUGGUUGUGGGAAACGAUGGAGGCAUCCUUACAAUAUGGAGUACCAAAAAGGAUGAGACCCACAGGAGUGGGAUGUCAUUGAGGGCAGCUGGUGAGUGACUCCUUAACUGCCCCUCCAGCUUUUUCUGGAGGAAAUUCCCAACCCCUGUGCAGAAGGGUUAUCUCCAGCACAGUGGAGUAAUGCAGCCAAAACUUCAGCUUUUAAAGACAUCCUUGGUGGGGAUCGUGUCUCAUUUUCUGAGAAGGUGGGAGAUAGGCCCUACCUGUCUAUGAGAUGUAUCCCAUGGAGGAAAAAAUGAAGGUAGGGGUAUUUUGUCAAUUAAUUUUUGUUUCUCAUGGUUGUCAUGGUUUGGGAAUGGUAUUCUCCAAUUUAGAGUUCCCACUGAAACCAGUCCAAACCAUGGGCUCCUUGCUCAUUCCCCCUUCCCUCUCCCAGUUGGGCCGGAGAAGAGAAUUGGAGGCACAAAAGGUAAAGAUCAUGGGAUGAGAUAAGAACAACUUACUGGAAACAGCAAUGAGAUAAGAAAACACACAGUAACAGCAACAAUAUUAAUAACAAACAUGUACAAGAAAUGUUAUUGCUCACCCCCCCGAGGAAACCCCCAACAAUAUCCGACCGCUUGACUGCCAUCAUGCUACGCUGACCCAGAAGUAAGCCCUUCUUCCCUUCCCAGAAAAUGAUGUGGUACAGAAUAACCUCCAGGUCCUAGCCUUGCCACUCCUUCUAUGGUACCUGGAGGUUUUGAGCAGGGCCAACUUGAUUGGUAGAGCCUCUAGUGUUGUCUAACCAGGUGGCCCUCUAAAUGUAGAUUCCACUGUUUGAAGGUUCACCCACCCAUUGCUUUCAAUGUGGUUUUUAACAGCCCAUUGUACCAGUCAGUUUCCCCAGAGGCUGGUGCGUGAUAGGGAAUAUGAUACACCCACUCAAUGCUAUACUCUCUGGUCCAGGUGUCUAUAAGGCUGUUUCUGAAAUGAGUCAUGUUGUCCAACUUAAUUCUUCCAUGUCGCCACAGGAUUUUCUUUUCAAGACCCAAGAUGGUGUUCCAGGCAGUGGAAUGAGGCACAGGGUACACCUCCAGCCAUCCAGUGGUUGCUUCCACCAUUGUAAGCAUGUAGUGCUUGCCUUGGUGGAUCUGUGGGAACAUGAUGUAAUGAAUCUACCGGGCCUCCCCAUAUUUAUAUUUCAGCCAUCAUCCACCAUACCCCAGAGGCUUUACCCACUUGCCCUGCUUGAUUGCAGUGCAUGUUUCACAGUUAUGGAUAACUUGGCAGAUAGUGUCCAUGGUCAAGUCCACGCCUUGAUCACGAGCCCAUCUGUAUGUUGCAUCUCUUCCCUGAUGACCUGAGGCAUCAUGGGCCCACAGAGACAGAAAUAAUGCACCCUUAUGUUGCCAGUCCAGAUCCACCUGUGUGAAGUAAGAUACAUGCAGGUACCCCCAAAAAUGCCAAGGCAGUGGAAAGAAUCCAAAAAGGUUUAUUCUGAAGUCAAGAAUGCUAAAAAACUUACAAAGGAAACCUGCACUGACUGCAAAACAGACACACCUCAUGUUCCUCUCCCUGCUGCAUGUGAAGGCCUGUGGCAUCUUCUUAUCUCUGCAUACCAGAGAAAGAGCUUGCAGCUUUCUCUGGAAUGCAGAAAGGAAAGGAAAAAAACCCCUCAUCUAACCACCCUUUGAGAAAGGCACUUUCCAAGCAGGGAAGGCUUCCUAAGCAACACCUGUCUCCUCAAAGUACAUUCUUCUGCCAAAAAGGAUAUUUACUCUUACAACCUGAGACAGUUUAAUCUUGGCAGCUUGAUCCACUUGUCUGUUGUUGCAAUGUUCUUCAGUAUCCUGACUCGGGUACGUGUCCAUCUACAGGACAUACUUUUACAGUCAACUUCUCUACCUGGGCAUCGAUGUCUUGCCAUAAUUCAGCAGCCCAGAUGGGUUUACCUCUGUGCUGCCAAUUGUUUUUUUCGCAUCAGUCCAACCACCCCCAUAGAGCAUUUGCUACUAUCCAUGAGUCAGUGUACAGGUUGCCCUAGUUACAAGAGUCGGGACCAGUUUAUCACUAUGUGGGUAUAACUAAAACUGUAUAUUCUACACCCUCUAUGUCAUUUCUGAUGGACUGUUAAUAAUGGAUCAUUUCCAGCAGCUGCACAGGGCACACCUGACACCUCAGACCACAAGAUGGGUGUUAAAGAACCCUGCCAGGCAGGGGAGUGUUUCUUUGUCUUCACACUAAUGACUCAGCUGUCACAACUCCCCUCCGGGAAGGCAUUAGCACCUUCACACUCUGCCUGAAGGAUUUUCUCUGCUAAUGGGCCAUAAUUGGACUAGCAUAAUAGGCAGGUACAACAACCUAGACUAUCAAGGACUCAAAAAAUAUCCCGUGACUCAGAGUUAAAUCACCCACUGUGAAAUUCUCAGCCCUGGGGGAGGUACUGGGCAUUCCCACCUGAACCUGAGCACAUAUAAUCUUUGGGUUUUAGAACUUCUGGUCCCACUCGUCAGAUUCAGAGGAGGACCAGAACCCCAAUAGGAAUGCGACUGUUACUCUCAACAAGACUGCGAUCUUUACUUCAACAACUGUGACCAUCAUCUGGACCAACAGGUUUCCUUUCCUUUUACUUUGCACCCAGGGGGGCCUCUUGGUGUUCAGCACAGGGGCUAACCAACACCAUUCUGUUCUUGUCCCAGGGUUUCGGUUAUACAUCUGUCUUUGUGGGUUAAACCCAGUUUUCUCUGUAUCAUUGCAUUUAUUGUAAUCUUUUAAGUAAAUUGUAACUCUAACUUGUAAUCUCUCUUGAGCUAGGUUCAUUUCUCCAGACAGUUUACUUUUAAACCAGUAAAGAGGUAGAGUGCUGGCCAUUUCUCUUGUUCAGCAAUAUCUAAAGCCAGUUGGACAGCUUUCAACUCUGCCACCUGACUUGAUCCACCUUGUUCUUCAAUAGCUUCUGCAACUCACUGCAUAGGACUCCAUACAAGAGCUUUCCAUUUUCGAUGUAGCCCUAGAAUAGAGCAGGAACUGUCAGUAAAGAGGCCAUAUUGCUUUUCAUUUUAUAGUAGCUGAUUAUAUGAUGGGACCUCCUCAGCACGUGUCACCUUCUCCUCCUCUUCUGAUGAUAGUCCGAAAUUUUUGCCUUUGGGCCUCUUUGUAAUGAUUUCCAAGAUCCCUGAGCGAUUGGAGUUUCCUAUUGGAGCUCACUGUGUGAUCAGUGCAACCCUCUUACUCCAUGUGGCAUCAGUGGCAUGAUGUGUGGAAGGGACUUUCCCUUUGAAUGUCCAGCCCAGCGCUGGCAGUCAGGGCGCCAGGAGGAGAUGUGCUUCUACUGUCAAUCUCCACUCUCCAUUGGACUUAUGCACUGACCAUAUAGGGCAAUUAAAGGGCUAUUGAGUCUUGCUGACCACUCCCUAGCUCCCCAGUUCAUGAAUCAUCUCAUGGAUGGGUGUCAUGGAGCCACGGUUGGUGCCGUAUUGUCAACAGCGCACUGUUAUGGUAGCGAUCGGUACCUGUUCUUCUUUGACCCUCAGCAGUCCCACAACAGAAGGGUCCUCUGAGAGACCAGGUAAGGUAUUCACCUGCAUGUGUAUCAAUUCAUACAGAUCAAUGUUCUUUGUGCACCAGUGUCAUCUAAAGCCUUAUACUCUUGUGGGUCUGAUGUUCCAGGCCAUUGGAUCCACACAGUCUAAUAGAUUGUCCCUUUCCUCCACAUGGCUGGAGGUAGGACCCCUCUAGUCCUGGUCAUAGUACUUGUUGCUCACUUCUUGUAAAUAUGAACUGGAAGUCCCUUCAAGAGUCCCUUCAAGAGGAUUGGAAGUGACAUCAGCCCUCCUACUCUAUAUGAGGACUUGCUCACUGUAAACCGGAGCAGCAUUUAUCCUUGAAGAAUUUCCUGCAAUGGACAUCCUUCCUAUCAACUCACAUACAUGUGCUGCUAGGGCAGAGGUGGGUUUUCCAUUCCACUUCUUCAUUUCCUCUCCAUGGAAAAACCACAAGUUACCUCAUGGUGUGUACCCUCUCUCUCAAAGACAGGGGUACUUGCUCCCAAUAGCAGAGACUUUGGUCCGUACUGGUGGGGCAUGGGAGAUUUCCUCUCUAACUUCCUCUAGUCUUUCAAGUCUGUCUGCAGCCUUGGACAGUCUUUCCACAGCCAAGGCGCAGAUCAGGAGGGAGGAAAAAACAUGAUCUUCAUAUUGCCAGAGUCAGGUAGUCACCUGAAGCACUCUUUGUUCUCCUUCUUUCACUGACACCAAUGCCAAUGAAUUGGCGUACGACAAUGGCACACUCCCUACAAACUUCUACCACAUGAAUUGUGUACAUUGGACCUCAUCUGGAUCUACAGGGGACUGCUUUCUAUUUGAAUCUCUAUAGAUUACCUCCAGCACAGCUAAUUCUUUCAGGUAGUGGAUACCUUUUUCCAUUGUGUUCCACCUGCUUGGGCACACUACUAGAUCAUCCUUGAGAGAAUGCCUUUCCCUCAGUCUUGACAUGAGUUGCCUCCAGAGGCUGAGAGUUUCUGUCAUCUUCCCAAUCCCCUUGUCAAUGUCCACAUCCCGGGAAUGAAUCACUCCGUUCUGUGUAGCUGAGUACAUUUCACUGUAAAUUCCCAUUAAGUGGAUUUAUUUUGCUGGGAUCGUGGGGCACAGUCUCUUUGGGGCAGUUAAAAACCCUCCAAAAAAAAAAAAAAAAAGACUAAACUGGAGGGGGGAAAUCCAGCAAAGAGAUGCAAUUGGCCUUAAUUCUGAAAAUCAAAUUGGAAAAGAGUUGGAGAGUGAAACCUGUGCUUAAGCAGGGGCUAAAAUAGCUUCCAAAAGCUGCUGGCUGGCCAGAGUCACCCGCAAAGGAGUGCAGUAGCCCUGUCCCCCUGUGUGUGCUUGCCCACCCAGCUGCUCUCCCCACCAGCUCCAUGCUCCAUCCCACUUGGCCCCAGCAGCCACAAGUGUUCCAUCAGCACACCCCUGAUGUGGCCAGCACUCCCCUCUAAAAUUAGAUUGUGAAAAGAGACGACUGGCAAAAUAGUUUUCCAUUAAACAGGGGUAACAUUUUUUUCCUGCUGUGCUAUAUUACUUCCUGUUCUUAUUUUGUGGGUAAUUUUCUGUAUCAAUACCCUUUGGUUGUGUAUCUUCACCUUUUUCUUCUACUAAAACUAAAGCAUGGUCUGUAUUUCUUAACAUUGCCUAGUUCCUGAUGUUAAUCUCUCUGUAGAGGCAUACCCUGCUGAAAUGUAAUUUGCUGUAGCCUGUAAAUUUGCUCACUAUAUGCUACUUUUGUUCUGUUGCCCUUCCAUAGCAUGGGUGGGCCUUGUCUUUUAUAUUGAGCGCAUGAUGACAUUGUUACACAGGAUUACACUAAUACUAAUAUACAAUCUCUCAAUCAAGAAACUAGAUUUCCUAUAUUAACCUAGUGUGCUUUUUCUAUUGCUGUUUCCCCAUUUAUUGUCAUAUCCAGCUGUUUAGAUUUUUUCCUUGCUUUCCCCCAUUGUGAGGUUUGAGUGAAUUUCUUCCCUUGUAGUGUAGUAUUCUAUCCUAUAUCUAGCCUGAGCAUUAGUCCAUGUUUACAUACUCC